AUGUGUAAAAAUCANACCAAACAGUUUCAAUUUGUGCUGGACUAUGAAAAUGACGAGUACAUAAAGUCCAUUGAGGGAUUCUACGAUAGAUAUGGUUUCAUUUCGUCUUUAACCUUCAAAACAUCAAAGGAUAGAGACUCUGAGGUAUUUGGGAAACCGAAUGGUACCAAAUUCGUCAUCAUGGCAAAAGGGUUUGAUAAGCUUGUCGGGUUCCGAGGAAGGUCUUACGGUAAUCGUGUCACUUCUCUCGGAGCAAAUUUUGCGGUGGUGGUAGCUCCACCAGUGAAGAAACUAGAAGCAAAAGGUGGGGAUCCUGGUUGCGAGGAGUGGGAUGAUGGGAUCCACGAAGGUGUUUACAAGAUAAUAGUAUCAAGAGAACACUCAGUUGUGAAGGCGGUCAAGUUUGAGUACGUCAACGGAUACGCCGACGGACAGUACCAAACUGUAAAUGGAAACGAUCACGUGAAGAUCAUCCCAGGUGAUGAUAUCAAAGAGUUUAAGCUUUGUUUAGGAGAUGAAUAUAUCACAUCCGUUGAAGGACACUACGGUCAAAGACUGCGACUUUCUGGAAUGGCGCGUGAAUUAAUUGAACUGAUUGGAUUCAAAUACAUAACGAUGCUUAAGUUCAAGACAAACAAGGGUAUAACAUAUGAAGCGUUGGGGAACGAAGAAGAAGAUCAUGAGUAUGUGGGAGAAUCGUUCGUGUUGGGUAUGGAAGGUCACAAGAUUGUUGGGUUCCAUGGCAAGUUUGCAUUUGACACUGUUCAUCAAAUUGGUGUUUACGUCAAGCCAAUCGAUAACCCUUAAAACUUUUUUUUAUUUAGAAAGAGCAAAAGCUAUAUAUAGAUAUGCUCUCCCUAAGUACCUUUUUAUGUUAUCGUCAUGGUUUGGUGUUUCUAGAAUUCCAUUUG